UGAAGAAACAGCUUCGCUUUGAGUUUGGGUUCGGCUUCCUCUUUCUUAUUGUGCUUUUUAUUUUAUUUUCUCUCAUCACAGCAGAGAAGGGACGAGAAAUCAAUUUAGGGUUAGGGUUUUUGGCUUUGGGAAUUUUUGUUCUUCUUCUCAUUGGUAAAUAGUUUAGCAAUGGAAGAGAUAACCGAGGCAGUGAACAACAUUAACUUAGCAGCACCAGGAGAUUCCUACAAGAAAAAUCGGAUUCAGGUUUCCAACACCAAAAAACCAUUGUUUUUCUACGUCAAUCUAGCCAAGAGGUACAUGCAACAGCAUAAUGAGGUUGAGCUUUCUGCUCUUGGAAUGGCCAUUGCUACAGUUGUCACCGUUGCAGAAAUUCUGAAGAACAAUGGAUUAGCUGUUGAAAAGAAGAUCAUGACCUCCACUGUUGAUAUGAAAGAUGACUCCAGAGGACGACCAAUCCAAAAGGCCAAGGUAAUGAUUUGUUAUUGUGCAUAUACAGUACAGGGUUACACAAUGGGCAUCCAUGCAAGACAAUUUUAUGCUUUUCUCUAUUGUCUCCAACUUGUCAAGGGAUCUUUAUAUAUUUUCAUGUGGUAUUGUGGUGUAUGAGUGAUAUUGUACUCUAUUCUUGUUCAGAAGAUCAUAAUAGGUUUUCUUUGUUUAUGUAUACACCUGGAUACUUUUCAAAGUCCAGUUGAGGUUCGACAAUUUGGAUCGGAUGGAUGAUUGUUCCUCACCAUUUAUUUGUGUGUGUGUGUGUUUUUUUUUUUGUAUUGUGUCUUUAAAGGUGCAAGAAAUGUACUCUGGUUAUUGAUGUCUGAUGGUGUAUAUAUGGGUACAGGGUACCUAUCAUAUUCCUCGCCUAGUUUCCUCAUCGUUAUUGUUGCACAAAUCGUUUCUUUACUGAUUGCUUGACGUAUUUUCCGUUCAGAUUGAGAUUGUCCUUGGGAAGACUGAAAAUUUUGACGAACUGAUGGCGGCUGCAGCAGAGGAAAGGGAAGCUGCUGCUGCUGCUGAGGCUGAAGAGCAAAGUUGAAGAGGGUCUCUUACCUAGUUUUUCUGGUUUUGCUGCUUCUGAAAAUCAAAGCUAUUUUAUAUUGCUCUAAUUUUUAGAUUUAGGAUUUUGAGCUGCUGUUGUCGUCGUGAUUCUGGUAAAUCACGAGGGGUGUUUUAGGAGCUUUUAGAUUCAAGAAUACUUUUUCUACUAGAGAUCAAAUUUUGUUAUCUGAUCAUUUGGUUUUUUCAUUCUCUUUGUAUGUUGAUGGAAUUCUUUUCUUGGUAUGUGCAUCUUGGUUCGCAAGUUUUGUAUCCUAUGAAUAUGUCACCUUAUUCAUUUGAUUGUGUGCCUUCUUUAUUACUUGUCACCAUAGUAAAUAAAUGUCGCAUGUACUUCUCAAAAAUGAAUAAUAUUAAUGAAAAUGUUAGUAUUUUCUUUCUU